AAACUUGGCCGUUUCUGAACAGACGGGCGGGAGUACGCCAAUGGGGAAAGGGUUUGGGGGGCGGUAUUUCCGGGAACAGGUGAUGCGCCUCCGUCGGGCACCGAGAGCAAAAUGGUAGCGAGUGGGGUGUUGAGGCGAUCGCUGGUAGUUGCUGCUGAGCUUUGCUGGAGGAGGGUGCCGUGUUUGCCCAUUUCUUUGCAGAGCCAGCCUGUUUUAUUAGCUAACGUAACUCGCCUUGCAGCUUGCCAGCAAUUACUGAAUACUCGAUUAACUGGAAGGUGCUUCUCAGCUGGUCAAGAAACAGAAUCAAAGACUGGUACAUCCCAGGAUACAGUGUCACUCAGUGAUAGCUGUGUUAAGCGCCUACAGAAAAUUUUGGAAAAGGAUGAGUUCCUGAGGGUACAAGUGGAAGGAGGUGGCUGCUCGGGAUUCCAGUACAAAUUCAUACUGGAUAAAACAAUAAACUCAGAUGACAGGAUCUUUGAACAGGAUGGCGUAUGUGUUGUCAUUGAUUCUGAUAGUCUGGAGUACCUGAAGGGAGGCACAGUGGACUACAGCGAGGAACUGAUCCGUAGUUCAUUCCAAAUAUUGCACAAUCCACAGGCAGAGCAUGGAUGUUCCUGUGGGAGCUCUUUUUCCAUCAAACUGUGAGCCCAAGAAAAUGGAAAACUGGGUUCAAUGUAUCUUACCUGAAGAAAUAUCCAGCUUUGCCUAUAUUGGAGACCGGCUUUGGGCAGAAGGGACCCUCUGUCAAAUUGACUUUCGUCUGAACAUGUAUCAGUGACCUUUACUACUCAUCAUUCAGAUCCCAGUAAAAUGCUUGGCAACAGCCAAGGUUUAACUUCUUAAUUAGGUUUUGGUUGAUCUUGGCUCCAAACAUUGUUUCUAACAUUAAAUAUGUUGAAAGUACAGAAUCUUGAUAAUUUUCAGACAUGUUAUUAAUCAGUUGAUGUUUCAUGAAUCUCGAAGUGUUGCCCAAUAUAAAUUCUAUGCUAAUUUAAAUUAUAAAGCACAGGGGAGGCCAUUCAAAUUUUACUUCAACUAUUUAUUUGGAAACACUAUCGAAUCUGCUUGCAUUCCUUUUUCAGAUGUUCCACUUCUUUCCCCCAUUAUCCCCCAACAGUUUUUUUGUCAAUUAUCUUAAAUUUGUGUCCACAGGUGAACCUGUAGGUAGAAACAAGUUCAACCUAUAUACCCUUUUAGAGCCCCUUUAUAAUUUGUCUACCUUUAUAAACUCUUCAAAACCUUCUCUGCUUUAUGAAGAUCAAUAUUAGCUUCUCUGGUCUCCACUUGUAUUCUAAGGUUUGUUUAAAACCUUAAUGUGGCCAGUUGCUUCCUGUUAUUGUUACAGUAACUCCAAUCUGCAUAUAGUCAUGUGCUUCCCUGACAGCUGAACUGAGGCUGGUUUUCACCAAAUCCUGAAGUUUCAGUGUUUCUCUUUCCAAGUGUUCCAUUUCCUUUCCAUUCAUGCAUCCUGAGCUGGUCUCCCUAAAAAAAAAAGUGUGAUUGCCAUAAUGAGUACAUUCACUAUUGCUUUAAAUUAAAAAAAAGAUUGGAACAAGGGGGGGAGAAAAGUCUUGAGCAAACUUUGUCAGGUUGAUUUUUUUUCCAUUGUCAGUUUGCAUGAUGCUGGGCUGCUCUAGAAAGAAGAACGUGAAGCAAAGUUAUUAAACCCUGUUUGGAUUGCUGUCCUAAUUCUGCUAAUAUUCAGCAUAAAGGAAGCACUGUCUAAAUGAAACCUUAUUUUCUUGUCAUCCGUACUGCUGUUCCCUUUUUUCAGAUCUGUUUGUGGAGUGUUCUGUACUCUGGCUUCUGCUGCUCUGUAAAAUCCUGAGUUCAGACCAACAUGUCCUGGUACUGAGUUGACUUGUAUUAAAUUUAGUUUAUAUAAGAAAAUAUAAAUGGUCUCUCAGGUAAGAAGGGAGAGAUCAUUUAUAUUUGAAGGUCUCCGAAUGGUGAAACUAAUUUUUCCUCAUUUCUGUUUUCCAUAUAUCUUCAUUGAGUUUUUAAAAAGUAAUUUGUUGCGGAUUUUAAAAGGUUUUGGUUUUUUUCUCUGAUGCUAGCUUUGUCCUAUUUCUUCUUUACCUUGGCCUUUGAUAUUUCUUCAGAGCGGUGGCCAGGUUAUAUAGGUGAAACUGUGCAGCCCACUCAGUUUUUAUGCUCUCAAUAUUGCCCUCUAGUGAGACAUCGAAUAACAGCUAUUUGCAUUUGCUUAUGCCAACAUGCUUCACAGGAGCCUAAACAAAUUUGACCUUGCGCCACAUAAGGAGACACUGGGACAAAUGAUCAAAAUCUUGAUUGAAGAGGCAGGUUUUGGGGACUUUUCUAAAGACCAAAUACCUUGUCAUCCGAAACAAAUAGUUUACAUUCUCUGAAAAUAGAUUCUAUGUUAGAACUAAAACAGGGAACGUAAAUUGUGGUUAGAACUAAAAUGUCACUGAGACGGGGAAGAGGCUGUACCCUUGAAGUGUUCAAUGUCUCACUAUCUGUAAUUAAGUGGUAUGUAUAAAUUAUCAUAACCGGGGUAUUUUUGCCCCUCUGCCCCUGCCUUCUGCUGCAUGCAGAAUGGUUGGAUAUAUUAUUGAAAAAGAUGGAGAACCCUGCUAAUUGAUUUAAAAAUGACAAGCAAUAUUAACCUUUGGAAAAACCUAAAUAAUGCUAGAUUAAAUUUAGCAAGUUUCAAGCAAGGUAGUUUAAAGUACCCUUUCUGACAACGUAUGUUGGUCUAAGCACGAUAAAAAGAAAUUGGAGACUUAUUUUUGGUUUCUUUGAAAAUGAAAAUCAAGCAGGAUAAACAGGUGGUACACCAGAUUGGUCGUCGCUUGUUGAAAGCCUGUGCCCAUGUUGAAGGAUACAGCAAGUAUCUUAAUUGAGAAGGUAUAGGAAGGAUCAAAGGAAGAACAUGCUUUGGUGCAAACAGAAAGUUAGUAAAAGCCAUUAUCAAAAGUACAACGUAGAAGAAAGUGCUCAUUUAUUUUCAUCUCCAAUUAGGUAUAUAAAGUUAAUACUGUUGGGCAGCUGGCAAGUGGAACUUUUCAUCUCUGCCUGUCCUCAAUCUGACCUACCUUCAGAUUCUGAUUUGUUGAAAGCAAGCCUAUCUCCCCCCCCCCCCCCCCCCCCCCCACAACCCCAAUAGCAUGUUACCAAAUGAGGGACUUUGCCCUGAUAAAAGAAUGUUAGCAUGCCAGGGAACUGGGAUUGACCUCUUUGUCUGUUUGUGUUAGAGACAGAAAUGAAAACACUGUGGCAGGUUUAAAUACUUGUGCUAUUUUUGUUCCAAAGAAAAAGGCAAGAUGAAUUGCUUUGCACCCAGCACUGCAAUGGCUGUCACUCUAGCAUGUGGCAAAAAUUGUAAAUACUUUAUUUUAUGUGAUAAUAAAUACUUUACAUUCUUCAA